AAUAAAUCCAUCCCCACUCUUCACUUUCCAAACCCUAAUCUUAAUUCUCUCUUUUUUCAUUAUUCACAAGCACAGAUUCUAAACAACCUUUCUCUCAAACCCCAUUUUGCAGAUCUCAUACAAUUACGAUCCAUGGCGGCUAAAUUCUUCUGUGCCUCGUUAUUCAAUUCCCAGAAUCAAGCUUCUUAAUUUAUGGUUCAGGCAUUCAUUUUGUACUGUUUCAUAUUGGAUCUCAAAUUUGAGGAUAUUCUACUCUAUAUGCGGGUUUAGUGUUUUUUUUCUCGUUAGGGAUUCUCAUGGCAAUGCCAUCGGGAAAUGUGGGUGUUUCCGAUAAAGUUCCGUUUCAGAGCGGUGGCGGAGUUGCGGUGAGCGGCGGUGGAGGCAAUGGCGGUGGUGAGAUCCAUCAGCACCGCCCCCGUCCCUGGUAUCCUGAUGAGCGUGAUGGGCUUAUCUCAUGGUUCCGAGGCGAAUUUGCUGCUUCGAAUGCGAUCAUUGAUGCCCUUUGCCAUCAUUUGCGUGCUGUGGGAGAGCCUGGGGAAUAUGAUGUUGUUAUUGGGUGUAUACAGCAACGGCGGUGCAAUUGGACGCCGGUGCUUCAUAUGCAGCAGUACUUUUCAGUGGCAGAAGUGAUGUUUGCACUUCAGCAGGUCACCUCUAGAAGGCAGCAGAGGUUUGUUGAUCCUAUGAAAGUGGGGUCGAAGUUGUUUAGGAGACCUGGGCCAGCAUUUAAGCAGCAGCAUCAGCAGCAUGGCCAUCGCGUUGAAGCCACAGUCAAGGAAGAGAUGGUCACUUGUGCAGAGUCUUGUAAUGGUGGGAAUUCUUCAAGGUUUGUAGGCUCUAGGAAGGUUGAGCAAGUAAGUAAUACAUGCAAGGAAAGUACUGCAACGGGGGAGGAUGGAAAAUUGAACGAUAAAGAUUCAGGGUCAGCUGAGGACAUAAAAGAUACUCAUGGGAAGGACCAAAGUAAUAGCAAACCCAAGUGUGCAGAAAAUUUAAAAGACAAUGCAAGCAAUAAAGAAUCUCAAGUUGAACCUACUGAUGAUGGGUGUUCUUCAAGUCAAAGAGAUAAGGAGCUGCAGUCUGUUCAAAGCCGGAAUGGAAAGCAGUAUGCUGCCACAGCCCCAAGAACCUUUGUUGCCAAUGAGAUAUUUGAUGGAAAGACGGUUAAUGUGAUGGAUGGAUUGAAAUUGUAUGAAGAAUUAUUGGAUGAUAUUGAGGUUUCAAAGCUUCUUUCAUUGGUGAAUGAUUUGAGGGCUUCUGGAAAGAGAGGGCAACUCCAAGGUCCGACAUAUAUUGUCUCAAAAAGACCGAUGAAGGGUCAUGGGAGAGAGAUGAUCCAGCUAGGCUUUCCGAUUGCGGAUGCAGCUCAUGAUGACGACAAUUCUUCAGGGCUCUCAAAAGAUAGAAGAAUAGAAUCCAUCCCCUCAUUGCUUCAAGAUCUCAUUGAUUGCUUGGUUCGGGAGCAAGUGAUGACAGUGAAACCAGAUUCCUGCAUCAUUGACUUUUAUAACGAGGGUGAUCAUUCUCAGCCUCAUGUCUGGCCACCAUGGUUUGGGAGGCCUGUGGGUGUCCUCCUUUUGACUGAAUGUGAAAUGACCUUUGGUAGAGUAAUUGGUUCAGACCAUUCUGGCAAUUAUAGAGGGGCUAAGACAUUGUCUCUUGCACCGGGGAGCCUCCUUGUGGUGCAAGGAAAAUCUGCAGAUUUUGCUAAGCAUGCAAUUCCUGCUAUGCGCAAGCAACGGAUACUUGUUACCUUGACCAAAUCACAACCAAGAAGAGCAGGACCAGCUGAUGGGCAACGCACAUCUUUGAAUGUAGGUUCAUAUUCCAGUUGGGGCCCUCCAUCUGCUAGAUCACCCAAUGCUCGUCCUUGCCCGGGACAGAAGCAUUACCCUAUGGGUCCAUCGACAGGCGUUCUACCUGUGCCACCCAUUCGUCCCCAAUUGCCACCGCCAAAUGGCAUCCCACCAAUAAUGGUGGCUCCUGUAGCACCACCACCUAUGCCUUUCCCUCCCGUGCCAAUUCCAACUGGUCCACCUGCAUGGCCUGCUGCUCAUCCAAGGCAUCCUCCGCCUCGUCUCCCUGUUCCUGGCACUGGAGUAUUCCUUCCUCCAGGUUCUUCCAGUGCUCCAUCUCCUCAACAGAUGCCAAACUCCGCAGUGGAGACGAGUUCCCUUGCAGAAAAGGAAAAUGGUCCGACGGAAGCUGAUCACAAUGCAGGUGCUUCUCCAGGGGAAAAACCUCACAUGGAUGGAAGUGGGAGUUGUAAAAAGACGGAGGAAGAACAACCAAAGCAGCAGGAGGAGGAGGAGAAAGGUGAGAACGUAGAGGCCCAAAAUGCAGGAGGUGGAGAAGCUUAAAGACAGAGAAAAAUGCAUUACUUAAAAGAGAGAGAAAAGAGAGAAGAAAAGCAGGUCGGCUGCAGACUUGAAUGAGUUACAAGCAAAAUGUAGAUAGCGGCAACAUUCAAAGACUGAUACUACCAUCAAACUGCUACUACCAUCAAGGAGAACGAGGGAGUUCCCUUUCAAAAUCCUUUACUUCAUUCCUUUUUUCUGUUGUCCAAAACAAUUAUUGGUUAGAUGGGAAAACUCAUUCCUAAUGCCACUUCGGAUAUUAUCUUCUUCUUCUUUAAGAGAGAUUUUGAAAAGUCACAAUAUUUUUUACGUUCCAAACGUAGAAACAUAACUCUGGUAUAUCAUGGAUGAAGAUUAACCACACUCUUUAACGUAA